CUUGUCCGCGAGAAGCGUAUUGUUGAUUACCUCUGCCGUCUUCCUGCCGUCACAGUGGAUGUUGUCGCUGUUGACUACCUAGAUAGUCACAAGACCAAAGAGCUCUUUCAUUGUCUUCCUCAUCCCGUCGCAGGUGUUUUCUUCUUACCUGUGAAACUGAACAACCAGCUUUUCAUCAAUUUGAGGAUGAAUGAGGAUUGGAACUCGGUACAUGGCGUCAAAGUAAAAGGCCUGCGGGUUUGGCUGGACAUCAUUAACCCCGAAUCACUCGACUUUCUCCUACUUGCAAGUUACAUGGCUGCUGUCGCCGGCUCACCAGGACAAGCGAACUAUGCUGCAGCACAGACUCUGAUGGAGAGAAUCGGAGCUGAACUUCCAAAUACAAUUUCUAUAGCUGUUCCACCAAUCGUAGGUGCAUCAUGUGUCACGAGUUGA